UGCCCUGCGGCCGCCUCGUCCCGUGUGGUCUGCGUGCCGCUUCCUGCCGUGAGACCCCCUCAGGCUCCUUAGAAAGGCUGCAGCAGGGCGUGAUGGGGGGAGAAGACACGUUUAUCCCCGUGUGUGGGUUAUUGUAACCGCUGGGCAAGCUCCGUUAAAGUGUCUUCCGUUUGUAUUUCAGUCACUUCUCACCGGGAUUGAAAACCUAGAAUGGCAGGAGAACAGAAACCGUCCUGCAAUCUUCUAGAGCAGUUUAUUUUGCUAGCCAAAGGUACAAGUGGCUCAGCUCUGACUGCUCUUAUAAAUCAAGUGCUGGAGGCUCCUGGUGUUUAUGUCUUCGGAGAGCUACUGGAGCUAACAAAUGUGCAAGAGCUUGCUGAAGGGUCUAAUGCUGCUUAUUUCCAGUUGCUGAACUUGUUUGCGUACGGAACAUAUCCAGACUAUGUAGCAAACAGAGAUAACCUGCCUGAAUUAACAGCGACUCAGAAAAACAAGCUGAAACACUUGACAAUUGUAAGCCUGGCUUCCAGAAUGAAGUGCAUUCCCUAUUCUGUGUUGCUGAAGGACCUGGAUAUGAGGAAUCUGAGGGAGUUGGAAGAUCUGAUUAUUGAAGCAGUUUAUACAGAUAUUAUCCAGGGGAAGUUGGAUCAACGAAAUCAGGUGCUAGAAGUGGAUUUUUGUAUCGGCAGAGACAUUCAGAAGAAGGACAUCAGUAACAUUGUCAAAACACUCCAGGAAUGGUGUGAUGGUUGUGAAGCAGUUCUUUUAGGAAUUGAGCAGCAAGUACUUAGAGCCAACCAAUACAAAGAGAACCAUCACCGAACUCAGCAGCAGGUAGAGAUGGAGGUCACAAACAUAAAGAAAACAUUAAAAGCUACAGCUUCGUCGUCGGCACAGGAGAUGGAACAGCAGCUGGUAGAGCGAGAGUGCCCUCCACACACAGAACAAAGGCAGCCCACAAAGAAGAUGUCCAAAGUCAAAGGGCUAGUCUCCAGCCGUCACUAGAACAUACCAUCUAAAUGUCAUUCAGCUAGGAAUGACAACAGGAGGAGCAAAAAAGGGCCUGCGUCUCCUUUUUCAGUGGGUUCUGGGCCAGUCCCUUCGAGGCUGGCAAAUAAAAGCCCUGUUUGAAUACAGCAACCAGUUAGCAGCACCUGGCUAAGUUACACUGUGCAGCCCCUAUUAAUUUCCAGGAGGUCCCUGUUCUGGUCCUGUAAAGAGGGACUUCUAAAGAGAGGGACUAACCAAAAGGAGCAGGAGGGAAAAAAAAAAUAUCUGUGGACAAUUUUGCUCCCUCCCAGCCAGUCUUAUUGCUGCUUAACCUUGAGGAAGCUGCUGUACUAAAUCAGAUCUUGGGAGAACUUCUGUAGCAAGUGUCUGAAUCCCAGGGUUGAAGUGUGGCUACCAAAGCCAGGCUGGGAGUGAGGAAGCCAUCAACACAGAUCUUUUCAUUCCCAAAGGGAGCACAGAAAGGUUUCUAGGCCAGGAACUGCUUUGCAUGGAAGUCUUCAGCCUUUCUGCUACCCCUGUCUAUUUUAAACUGGGGUGAAAUUCACACUACCUCUCUCUAUGAAGAUGAGAUCCAGUGCUGGGCUGUUUACUUAACUGUCUGUUUACUGCCCUUACUAAGCCCUUUAAUCUCUCACAGAUUUAAAGCACUGUUAUGCAUCUCUGAGGCAUCAAUACAAUAAGGAGGAAGCAGGCUGCUCUUUUAAGCCUUCCUUCUUGCAGGUGGUUAGGGGCAUACUAGAAACUGUUCCUUCUGAAUGUGAUGUGACCUCCCAGAGCUGUUUGUGAGUUGUUUCCCCCACUGAUACCUUCAAAGGGUAAUGCAUUUGCUCUUCCUUGGAUGCUAGCGACAGAGGUCUGCAUGGGAGAAGAGCCCAUUUAGCAUUGUGGCAGGCUGGUGGCCCAGGACCCACUGGCAGGGGUCGCAGCAGCAUCCCCUUGCUGAAGCAAUGGACUUGACUAGUCUUUCUGAAUUUUGAACACUUUCAGGUUGUAUUUUCCUCCCUUUUUUGUACAUUGUUGUGAUUCUAAAGCAUUUCAGCCUUUGUGUUGUGGGGUUUUUUUUAUUUGUUACAGACUAACUUCAGGUGAUUUGCACCUAGUUCGGCAAGGUGUGGGUUUUUUUUUUAAGGGGGAGGAUGGGGUUGGCAUUGAAACAACAAUUCACAAAAAAGCACAUUUUAGAAAAAAAAAUUAAAAAUGCUGAUUUAAUGUCAGAGUCUGGAGUCUUAGCUUUGAGGCCGCUUUAGGCUUGUAGUCCAACAGCACUUGUUCACUUGAGCAUUUACGUGAUUCCUGGUGUCCUGAGAAGGUCUGACUAAUUUCCCUGAUGCAUCCGGGAGGCAGGGAAGUGCUCUUCCCAUUUUGUCAGUAGUUCAUCUUUGUCCAAAUUUGUUCAGAAGGAUCUGCAGCAAAGCCAAUACCUGAGCCCAAUGUCCUGAGCCUAAACACCUGCAAUGCCUGAUUGUGGAAGAUUUGUAGUUGUGCUCUGUCUUGGGCUAGUCGAUUCCUUCCUCUGGGUCUAGCAGAGUACCGCUUUGUAGUUUGGCCACUGUAUUUCACUCCAUGCUGUAAAGAGAAGGGCUUUCUGCGAGCAGGCAGGGGAGCUGUUCAAACAGAGGACUGUGACAAUGCUCCAGUCCUGCAGCCAGCUGUCACCUGCGCUUACUUCUGCAAUGCACGUGCCUUCCUCUUAUUGCUAUCAGAAUUCUUUGCCAUCUGCGUGUUUUCAGUCCUCAGUCACGGGACUUGUAGACUUGUGAAAGUAAAUUCCUCUCCUUUUCUUCUCCUGCAGUGCAGGCACACGGUGUUUAAUCUUGAGAGGUGGAUCUACAUACCUCCCAUCCAGCUGCCUCUGGGUCAAGUCCCUUAGUUUCUGAUUCUUUGCCAGCUUUCUUUCCCCCCUAGAAAUGCUAGCCAAAAAAUUCCCAGUGAAGGAUGUUAAGUGAAUAAGCCCAGAGCAUGAAGCCUUCCCUGUAUCUCAAAGGAACUGUUUCCCAAACCGUGGCAGUACUAGUUUCUGUGCUAGCUUCUCCCACUGUUCAGCUGACAGCUUCUCAGGAGGUGUAGGUGGACUUUGUGUACCCAAGUAUAACAGAUCCGUGUGAUGGAGAUGGACUGAGUCUGUUUCUGGCUUCCUGCGUGCGCAGCUGCAUUGUACUGGUCAUCCAGUUCCUCACUAGAUUUGACUAGUGAGGAGAGGUUCUGUGGUCCUCACUAGCUGUUUUCUUUCCUUCCCAUUUUUAAUAUCAGUCCCACAAAAAGGCAGGAGGAAUACAAAUGCCUUUGGAAAUCACUUUAACUCCUCAGCAAGCCGCAGUCUGCUGGGGAAAUAGAUGUGAAUUUGGCAUCCUUGGUGUUUAUUCCCAGUCAGUUACAGGAGUCACAUUAGUUUGCUGAAGCUUCUUCAGUGUGGUGGAAGUUUUUGAGUUUGUUCUUAUGUUUUUGCAGUUCUCAAAGCCUGGCUGGGGGUGAGGAUCUUAUUUAUCCUUCGGUAUAUGUUGCCUUUGAUCAGCAAAGAAACAAGGGAGGAAAUAGCGCUUUGAAUAAAGAGCUGUCCCUUGCUUGACGGCAAGAGAGGACAGAGAAGGGAAUGGGGUAUUGGAGGGAACUGAGCUGUUUGCAUGUUUGGCUUUCCUGGUGUGCCAGCGAUACGCUUGGUGCUGCAAAAGGAGGGGGGUGUCUUUGCAAUGAGCCCAGUCUGAGAUGAGUCAUUAACGAAUGACAUGCACAGAGUACCUGGGGGAGGCAAACAGCUCUGCAGCAGCUGGUUAAUGAAUCUGGCUUGAAGUAAAGAGUUAGAAGCUAUUCCAGGAAUGAAGCAGAAGGCGUAGUUGUUAACAGGGAAGGAUGCAGGAGGUGCUAUGAGAAGGACAACGGAUAAAGACUGCAUUGGCUCCCUGUGACUGCAGGGCAGGCAGCAACUCGGAGCAGGGUUGUGUGAAUCAGGGGCUGAUGGGGGCUGAAUUGCUGACAGUUUUGACUGAGGAGUGCCUGGGGAGCUUAAUUGUGCAACGGGGACAAGAGGGAGAUGGAAGCAAAGGUGGAUUUGAUGCAAACUCCCAUGUGUUGCAUGUGCCUGCUGGAGGCAGCUAACACAGCACUGCUGGACACUGCUCCCUGACGUGGCGAGAGCAUCCUGCCCUACUUCAUUUUAUGGCAGCAAUGGGCUGCUCCAGCUGCAGCUCACUUUAAGAUUGCAGCAGGACAGAGUUUGAGCCAUUGAGCUUCUGUUUGCCUCUUCCACCCGCAGGGAGACAAAGUAGAUGGAGCUGCCUUCCCUCUGCUCUUCAGGGCUUUAUUGUCUAGCUUCGCAUUCUGCAGCUCCACUUGUACUAGUGCUUGUUUAAUAUGGAAUUGAGCACUGAGCUGGAAAAUGGAAGAGAGGAUCUCGGCUGAUUGCAGUGCUGGUAGACUGCCCUAGCCCUAAAGCUGUGCCUUGUGCUA